AGUUUGGAAUUCUAUUAUGAACGUUUCUGACACCCAGAAAAGGUGGAUAACCUUCGGGAUUGCUCUAAAUAAGGUUCUGGUCGCAGAAAUACGGCCAUUUGUUGAACAGGAGAUUCGGAAAGAGUAUGGAGAUCUUAAAGCCAGCAAGAACAUCCAUACUCAGAGCUGUACAAGUCGACUCCAAAAGCACACCGUGACUUUAAGGUAUGAGAACAUCAAUGGGAACGACACAUUACCCAGGAAACCUGGUGGAAAGUAUGACUACCCAGCGUUUGACUACCAGGUGACGUCAUAUAUUGACUUUGCCAAGCUGUACUUGGAGAAUCACAUGGCCAAGUUCAACGCAUUUGACGAGCACUGUGAUGCAUCGGCCGUACUCACAUUACUUGGUAAAGUUCCUGUGUUUCCUUCUAUUGUUCAGACUGCAGCUGGUAUUGUGAAAAAGGCCAGGAAUGCCUGGGCGCACUGUGUGUUUAGUGACUGGAACCUAGUAGGUUUUCAGAAGAGCUUUGCAGACAUGGAGCAGCUGGUGAAAUUUUUGGGCCUGCCAAGUGUUCAUGAGACUGCCAUCUUAAGAGAACUAAAUGAUUGGCAGAACAAAGGAGUCAUACUGUGCAUGAACGCUACUGUCGACCCGGAUCUGGCGAAGGCUGUUCAACAAGAUCUCGUUGCUCUGAAGAACGAUGUUGAUAAGCUGGCAUUUGAAAAAGAGGAAGAAAGAGAGAAAUUGAAGACUGUGCUUCAGGAUAACGUUACAGCUCUCGAGGAACUGGCAAGAAGAGUUUCCAAAAUAGAGGAAGAUCAAAGCUCCCUGACUGCUGCGGUGAAGAUCACACAAAGCCGGAUGGGGGAACUUAAAUCGCAACAAGAAGAUAUGUACGCACAAGUCUGUCAGCUGGGAGAAACUUUGGGCUCUAGAGUUGACUUAGCGGAGCAUGAACAAGAAAUCAUUAAGGAGAACCAGAAAACACUCUGUGAAAAAGUUGACACCACACAAGACCAGAUAAGUAAACUGCAGUCAGAUCAAGAAGACAUGGAACGACGCGUCUCUCAUUUGAGAGAUCAGAACUCAAGUAACACUCAAGUCAGCUAUGAGAUUGCCAGUUGUGAAGCAGACAUAACCUUUUUCGCCGAGCGUCAUGAUCCAGAUACCAGAAAAUGGUUUUUGGACGAUUUCCACAGAUGGUUUGAGAAUCCUGGAGAGUCCAGGGCGUAUGUUCUUCUCGGCGACGCAGGAGUCGGCAAGAGUGUCAUGGCCGCUGCGUUGGCACAGAAAUCAAUAAAGGCUGGAAACUUCGGAGCUGCGUAUUUCUGCCGCCACAAUGAUGGCACAAGAAACAAUCCCAGGUAUCUUCUAGGGACUAUUGCUUUUCAACUUUGCAAAUGUAAUGUUCAAUACAAUAGCGUUGUGGGAGGGGAGGGUAGCAUUAGAAAGUUUUUAGGCAAUUCUGAAAUGGGUAUUCAGGAAUUAUUUACAAAAUUAUUGGAAGAGCCACUAGCCAAAUGCAAUGCCUUUUGCGAGAGAAAGUUGAUCGUUAUUGACGCUCUUGAUGAGACAAACGAUGAGUCCAGGAAAGAUUUUCUCGAUCUUAUUAUGUACCGUUUUCCAAUGCUUCCAAAAUGGCUUGUGUUCUUUAUUACCAGUCGCCCUGAAGACACUGUUCAGUUCAGACUGAAAAAGUACAAUCCAUGCAUUAAAAUUUGUGCAGGGAACAGCGAAAAUCUAAGGCUUUAUAGACAGCACGAACGGGACAUCGAGCUAUUUCUUGAAAAGAAUGUCGACUUCUCCAGUUUUCCCUUCUCAGCGUGUGAUGUAGCAAAAAAAUGCAAAGGAAUGUUUUUGUGCGCCUACUACAUUGUACUGGAUUUAAAUGCUGUAGCACAUUCAGGUGAGAUUGUUCAGCUCGACGAUGUUUUCCAAGGAGAUAUCCAGGAUUACUUUCUGCAAAAUUUCAAGAGAGUGUUUGAGAAAAUAGGCGAGGAUCUCUACAAGAAGCUGUUUGGUUGUGCAAUAGUGGCCCCUUCUCCGCUCCCACUAACGUUAAUCUCGUUCAUUUUAGAGAAGGAAAAAUCAAAUCUUAAGGAAUGGAAAGUAAUCGAUGCCCUUUCCACAUUUGUGGUUGUUCGGAAGUCUGAUAAUUCGUUUGACUUUCCUCACAAUCUAAUUCCACUAUUGCUUACUGAAAAGGAGUCUUCCAGGGAAUUGUUCAUUGACAGGGAUGAAGCAAGUGAGUAUUUCAGGGGUGUGGUUGUUGAAGUUCUUUCGGCUGCUAUUGAACAUCAACAAUGGAAAAAACCCUCGGCUGGGAAGGUGUUACUCAAUUACUUCGUUCGUGUUGGUGUCCGUUUCUUGUGUGGUUACCAAGACACAGACUCACUGAACAUAGUUUUCAAUUGUUUGACAUGUUUCCAGUUUCUUUGGAAGAGGAUAGAAAGAAAGGGAAUUGAAAUAUAUGCUGUGAUCGCUGAUCUUAAGCUCUCACUUGGUUGUCACGGGCUCAGCGACGAACAAAAAGAAGUUCUGCAAGAGAUAUGUCUCGCCCUUGAGAGCAACAUUUAUGUUCUUUUGGAAUGUCAGCACCUUCUACAUUUUUGCUUAAGGAACACGUCUCAGACGGUCCAGUGGCAACUGAAGAUUCCUGCUGCUGUGUCAAACAUUGGAAUGGAAUGCAAUUGGCUUCGUUGUCAUCCUUGCAGAAUUCCAGAUGGUACCUGUUGCUUUGCUUUGUCUCCUAAUAAAAAAUUUCUGGCGGUCGGCAGACAAAGAGACUCACCCAUUUAUUUGUUGGAUGCGUGUACUCUUGAGAAGGUCCGAGAGUCGAUCGUGGUAGAAGAAAUUGGUCAUCUCGAGUUUACCCUAGACAGUAACUUUUUAUUUUUUGGAUGGCUUAACAAAAUGUUUUCUUUGGUGGAAGGUUGUGUGAAAGAGUUACCUCAAUUUGCAGGAAAUAACUAUUGUUAUCUUUGGGGUUCAUUCAUCUUUGAUGACCAGUACAUUAUAGUUGAACCAAAUUCUUCUAGAAUGUCCCAUGGUUAUUUUUGCCUGGUAGAAAUAUUCAGUUUGUGGGCCGCACAUGAGAUGCAACGAAUGGAUUGUUUAGAAACUGAAGAUCUAUGUAAUUUGGUGGAAAAGGUGGGUUUCGGUUAUUUUCUUGAACGCUUGAGGGUUGGAUUCUUUAAGUAUAUUACAGAAGGUUUGCUUUGCAACGAAUGCUUAUCAUGGAGACAAAGACACCAAGAGGCAUCCACAUCACUUGUUCGUCAGCGUGUUAUCGACCUCUAUGCAGAAAUGUUUCUCUAUCAGGUUUGGAAUAUUAAGACCGGAAGACCUGUACUGGAGGAGGCGUUUUCGGCUGAUGUCCCGCUGAAUCCAUUUUUCUAUCUUUGUCACUUGACCUAUCUCCCUGAUUUGAUAAAGAUAGCAAAUGCGGACGUCUUGAAUCGAUUUCUCACUCCUUUUGGGGUUGCAAUUUUGAACGCGGCAUUUUUUUUGGAAGGCAGGGAAAGUAGACGCAGGUGGAGAUUUGAACUUUACGAGGAGUUAAAGAGAUUUUGUAAAACUCCUUUGAUGCCAGAUUUUAUCAGGCAUGCUCCAAUAGAGUUCCAAAAUUGUCCCACCCUCAGGUGGUCAAGGAUUACUGAAGAUCGCAAGUGGAUUGCAGUAAUUAUGCCUGACCCUGGCAGUAAGAUAUGCAAGUUGUUUAAGAGGGUGGACGAACGGGAGAAUUUUAAUUUUCAAAACCCCUCUUGUAUUGUCUUGGAAGUGAAUCAUUUUGAUUUCACUGACGACAGUAGUGUUUUACUUUACAUCACGACGAACAAUUCACUAGUAGCCCUCACUCUGAAGACUGGUAACAUGCUGUCAAGUGUUUCAGGGUUAAUCCCAUUGCACCUAAGACCUGAAAACCAAGCUGGGUUUCUUUUUCGUGGUCAAGAAGGGAAGAAGAUCAUCUUUUUAAAGGAUUUUCCUGCAAACCUUCUGAAGUUUCUGUCGUUUUCAUCCGGAGCUGAAGAAACUGAGGUGGCGUUCUCUUCGUUUGACAACCAAGACUUCCUUGAGGAUCCUUCAGUGUUCUUGAAAGAAACGGUAACAGCAGAUUCCGUUUUGCCUUCUUGUCAGUCCUCACUAGUAAACCAUGGUACAAAAUACAUAUUCUGCUUUUCUGCGGUGGGCAUAAAAUUAGUGGCCCGUGAAAAAGGUUCUAAGAUUUUGUUGUUUAAUGGAGAUAAGGGCACUCCAGUAGUAGUUAGAGAAGGAGAUCGCAAGGGUACCGUUACUUUCCUCAAAUUUUCUGUGGACGGCGCUUUGCUUCUCUUUUGCACAGAGAGCCCUGCGUGUUUACUCGUUUGGGAUGUUCAACUGAAUGUUUUAAAAGCAUGUUUUAACUCCCCUCUGGGUUCCCAGCCUGUGCACUGUUGGUGCUUCUCGAGGGAUGAAAAGAAAUUGAUAAUUUGCAGCGCGUUUCAAAUCUCCAUCUUCGAAUACGAUAAGUGCUCACUUUCCCUUUUAGCAAUUUUGGACCCCCCUGGCCCUUUUCGAGAGUUUGACAAAUUCACACAUUGCACAGUGUCGUCAGACAAUGGGGCACUAGCUUGCUGCAUUACCGACAGAAUUCUUGUCCACGCGUUUAAAACUCCUAAAGAGCCUAACUUCAUGGAAUUACCACGCGGCCAUUUUGGACGCAUUGAAUUCUGUCAGUUUUUGAAAGAACGUCGCUACCUGAUCUCCUAUGGCGUGGAUUGCACCGUGUUUCUGUGGGAUUUGGGUGAGUGGAAAGCUGCUGCAUUUGCCAGAGUUGCGCAAGGACGAGAAAGUAUCUUAAGCAUGGCUGUGUCCCCUUCAGAGGACUGGGUUGUCUGUUUGACUACUUUUCAACGAUUCGUCGUAAUACACCUCUUUGGACUUGUCAUUGAUAAACCCAAGGAAUUCCCGAUUUCAAUGUCGACGACAAACAAAGAAAUGACAAGCGUGACAAGUUCUAGACGAUUUGAUCGGCGAAAAGAUCCAGCGUCAAAAAAAUCUGGACAGUUCUCAAAUGAUUUGGAACCUAUAGACUUGACUGAAUAUUUUGAAGAUAUGAAUAUGUCAGUCGAUGAGAAUUUGGAAAGUGAAGAUGACCUCAAUGAUUUUGAAGAGAUGAACGUGAGGGUUGAUGAGAAUAUGGAGAGUGAAGAUGACCUAAAUAACGACCACCAAUAUUUUGACUAAAAAAAUUGUUUUCUAUUUGAAAAGGUUUUCUCAGAUCCUUUUGACCAAAAAGGUUAAGUAUAGAAGGUUCGAAUUUAUACCAUUUUACUGCCUUGGUUUCGGAGAUAAAAACUUGUUUUCAUUAGAUGCUGUUAGAGCAAGCUCUUUCGAAAAAAGAAGUUUUGGUUAGGUGCUGAAUUAUUUCAGGACUAUGCCAAAGACUUGCAAUCUGUGUUGUGUUAAUGCUUCAUGCCGUAAGCCCGGUCGCUGUUCAAGUGAGCGAAUUAAACAAAAAGUAAAUUCUAAAAUCCUCAGUCUUAAUUGUUCACCCAUUUGAAGCGAAAGUGGUUGAAGAACACAUGCAGAUAGCUGAAUCUUGCUGCUCAUGUAUAUUUUAGAAGGUCGAUCACCCCUGGACUCAUACUCUGCUGUCUCGUCUUUGAGACAUAUUCGGGUUUGACUGUCCAUGCGUUAAUUAUAUGUAUUAUAGAAAUUACGAAGUGUCCUUAAUGACAAAACUCAAGCCAACCACAACCAAACCACGUGUAGUUGCGGCAAAAGAGGGGUAAAUGUAAACCCUGUAAGGUGUGAAGUUAUUUUAGGUAACCAACAAAUAAAACUUGCGUUCAUUCCUGGACGUAAUUGAAAAGAAAGGUAGGAAUCGACAAUAGGAGAAAGUUCCUCUACGACAUAAAAAAUUUAUGCAAGAUAUCAAAUGAGGUCGAAAUGGUUUAAAUGCUAUUUCCCUAUUAUCUUGUCACCUCAAAGUAAACAUUGUAGCAAAUGUGGUUGUCCCACUGAAAUGUGCAAUACGUUUUUCUCUCUUUUAUCAACUACUGACACGUAUGGAACAUGUUAUCAUCAUGACCUUCUUCCGUGAACAAUAGAAAGCUUUAUCGGUUGUUACAGCAACACUUAGCAAAUGCUAGUUACAAAAGUGACUGAUAUUUGUCUUGAGAACUUAACAAAUGGUUUGACACAAACUGAGGUGAUUUCGCCAUGCCGAUUUUCAGAGGAAGGCUAGGAAAUGUGCAAACUUGUGUAAUACGCGUGCACAGCCAUUGUUCGGAUCAUUGCAUGUUUCGUUUUGCUUCUAACUUAGUAACUAUAGUAAGGCCUUCCGUCCACUCUGACCUGGAUAAUUUCCCCUUUAAAGGAUAACGACAUCCUCUUUAAUCGCGUGUAAAAGGAUGCGAUCAAGCGAUUCUGCUGUUCAUGAUCGUUUUGACGUGAUCACAAAAAAAUUUAUCACCCUCUCAGUGUGGGUGGUACACUUUUGCUGUGUUUCCACUCUGAAUUUAUCCAGUUGUGUUUGGGCGGGGCCUUGGACUUUCUCUCAAAAAAGUCUAAAAUGAUUUUCCAUGUUUAAUCCCAGUUACUUGCUAUUGAUUGUAGCAAGCGUACAUGCGUUUUACAUUGUUUAUCUUAGACAGUACAAUCUUAAAUUGCUGCACAAUGUCCUGAUUUAAAAAGAAUAGAGACCUUGUUUGUUUUUUUUCGUUUUGCAAUGCAUUUGGAUAAUUUGUUAUUCAUCUGAUACUGUAGUAACAUGAAGUACUUAGUUCUUUUCAGAAAUGUUAUAAAAGGUGCUGUAGGUAUACAAAGACUUCAGUUGUAGAAUUGGUAAUAAAUAAGCGUCUCUAGGUUAGGAAAGAAAAAUUUCCAUAGGUUCACAAAUAUAGCUCAUGAUUAGUUACUUUAUAACCAGUGACCGUGGAAAUGUUAAGAUUUAAUUACCCUUAAAAUGUAAAUUUAGUUAAAAUAAGAAUAAAGUUAU